UACCCGCUACAGUGAUGGGACGCGCCGCCCCGCCCGCCCUCGCUCGCGCCACAUCGCGCGACCUCCGCCGAUGAACCUCCGAUGUGACUGUCCGCAAUCAAAAUGACAUUUUUUGUACAUUUAUACAGUGUAAUAUGGAUCGUGCUUAUAUCCAACUGCUGCAGCACUACAGGUCGGGAAUUACCUAGUGGACAGAAUGUAGUGUCUGUCGCACCGAUAGAGGUACCCGAUGAGUCAAUGUACCCACGAUUCGGAGAAGACAUUCAAAAUGUGACUGUCACUAUAGGAAGAGACGCCUUGCUAGCGUGCGUCGUCGAAAACCUUAGGGGAUUCAAGGUGGCAUGGGUCCGCAUGGACACGCAGACGAUCCUGUCGAUCCACCACAACAUAAUCACGCAGAACCCGCGCAUCAGCCUCUCGUACAACGACCACCGCUCCUGGUACCUGCACAUCAAGAACGUGCAGGAGGUGGACCGCGGCUGGUACAUGUGCCAGGUCAACACCGACCCCAUGCGCUCCAGGAAGGGGUACCUGCAGGUUGUCGUGCCACCAUCCAUCAUCGACAACAUGACGUCUACUGACGUCGUGGUGCGCGAGGGGUCUGAUGUGACCCUGGUGUGUCGGGCCAGCGGGUACCCGGAGCCCUACGUCAUGUGGAGGCGGGAGGAUGGACAAGACUUUCAGUAUAAUGGGGAGUCUGUGAGUGUGGUCGACGGGGAGACGUUGACUAUUACAAAGGUGUCUCGACUACACAUGGGGGCCUACUUGUGCAUCGCGUCCAACGGAGUCCCGCCUUCCAUCAGCAAACGAAUCAUGCUGAUGGUUCAGUUUCCGCCGAUGCUGUCGAUCCCCAACCAGCUGGAGGGCGCGUACCUCGGCCAGGACGUGACGCUGGAGUGCCACACGGAGGCCUACCCCUCCUCCAUCAACUACUGGACCACGGACCGCGGAGACAUGAUCAUUUCCGAAAUGGAAAUUGUAGGUGGAAAAUACGAAGCGUUCCCGAUGGACAGCGGCUACAACAAGUUCAUGAUGCUCAAAAUAAGGAACAUCACUAAAGAGGAUUUCGGCUUCUACAAGUGCAUAGCCAAGAACUCCUUGGGCGAGACCGACGGGAUCAUCAAACUGGAUGAGAUCCCCGCCCCGCCGUCAGCAUUCACAUCGACGCUCAAACCGAUAUUAGACAACCAGACUAUUAGGAAAAAAGGGCAAAAGCCUUUAUCGCCUAAUGACGUCAUCAGCUCAAACUUUCACGGCCAAAUCUAUGGGGAACAAAUACGAGAUUUUGAUUUUGAUGAUGACGAAAACGGCACCGGGCAUUCUUCAUCCCACAAACUUAGUGUAACUACUAUAAUUAUAUGUGCAAUAGCAAUAUUAAGGUUAAAUGUCAAUUCCUGAUAAUAUGUAAAUUUUUAAUGUUUUUUUUUUUGUGCCGAGUAAAAUUAUUGGAACCGCUUGAUGAUAGAAGUCGUGUCAAAUAAAGAGUUAUUUUUUUCAUAUUUAUAUUUUCCCCACAUUCCGUUAAGAUAUAAUUAUAUCCGUAGGUAUCCUUUACUCAUAUGAGACCAUUCAAUUGAAUUGUUCUAUAACCUAAUAAUGGAUAAAAUCAUGAAACGAAAAUAUGACAUGAUUGUCAGUCAUAUUUUAUACAAUUUGUGUGUGCUAAAACAACAGCGGAUUUAACUCCAGUUCCAUGUAUGAUUAGUUUAUUACUUUGGAACGAACAGUCAACAGAAGAGAUAAGUAUCCCCUGUGCAAACAGUUUGAUCUGAAUC